AUGCCGAGUGAUUCUACAAUACCACUCACCACAAUCUUUACCCCUCCAUCCGAUUGCUUGUCUAGCUGGACCUAUGAGCCUUCAACUUACAACGAGGUGACCAGCGGCCUCUUGCUUCAAAAUGCUUUCCAAUCCAGCCUGGACUCGUCUUGUUUUCCCUCGGGGUUCAGUCAGGCCGGACGUGGGGCACAGAAUGUGGUCUUUAGCCCAGGCGCAUGUCCUCAUGGAUACACAACCAAUUCGCCAGCUACCACGGUGGCAUUGACCACGACGGCCAGUUGCUGUUUAAGUGGGUACUACUAUACUUCUACGAGCGGCUACCAAGGCUGCAUCGGCACCUAUACCGGCACUACAUUUCUGGCGGCAAGAGCGGGAGGUUUCAACACCACCGAUUAUACCACUAGUACAACUGUGUCCGGGACGAUCCAGAUGUGGGCGCAGCCUAUCACGAUUAUGUACCAAGCUAGUCAGGAGACACUAUACACUACAGCUACGACUGCGCCCUCAACCUCCGCAGCAACAUCCGCGCUAUCUCCUACAUUAUCCCCAAGCACACUCUCGGGUGGCGCCAAAGCGGGUAUUGCGGUUGGGUCAGUAGUAGGGGUGCUGUUACUGAUCGGGCUGGCUUACAUAUUCUGGCGCAUAUGGAGGAAGAAGAAGAUCCAAGAGGAGGGUCGCUCCAAUAACACACAAGAACAAGUUCUGGCACAUAACUAUGCCAUGACAGCUGCUACAUUGUCGGAGCUGGACUAUAGAAGUACGCGAGCGGAGCUUGAAGGGCCAGCUGUACAGACGAAAGUUGUACCAGGAUAUAACAGGACAUUUGAGGUACCAUGA